UAAAGUCUUUUCCGGUUUGUGUCGGAGAUGCAUUCAAUAUGGCGUCACAAACACAGCCAAACGGACUCUCUAGAGCAGAGAGAAAAGCUCUUGAAAAGGCGAAACUAGUUCAGAAAGAGACCCAGAGAAAUAACUUUAAAUUGGUGGGCAGGAUCUUAAAGAAAGCCGAAUGCGAGCGAACAGAAGAAGAACACGCUUUACUUAAAGGGCAUGAAGAUACUGUGCAAGAGCUGAGCAAACGUCAGGCUCGAAGAAACAUCCUGAAACGGAAACAGGAAGAGCUCUUUGAUGAUGAGGAGGAUCUGAGAACCAAGGUGAAGCAGCUGGCGGAAGCAAUGCGUCAGGCUCGCCAUGUUGUCAUUUACACAGGAGCCGGGAUCAGCACGGCUGCUUCCAUCCCCGAUUACAGAGGGCCUAACGGAGUGUGGACACAAUUACAGAAAGGGCGUGCUAUCAGGUACACGGACCUCAGUGAAGCAGAACCAACUCUGACUCACAUGUGUAUCCAGAUGUUACACAAGGUUAAAAUGGUUCAACAUGUGGUCUCUCAGAACUGUGACGGUCUUCACUUGCGCUCUGGGCUUCCCAGACACGCCCUGUCUGAGCUGCAUGGGAACAUGUUCAUCGAGGUGUGUGUGUCGUGCUCUCCGGUUCGCGAGGUGAUUCGUCUGUUCGAUGUGACGGAGCGCACGGCGCUGCACAGACACGCUACAGGUCGGCGGUGCGCUCACUGCAGAGGGGAGCUGAGGGACACCAUAGUGCACUUCGGUGAGAGAGGCACCCUGGAGCAGCCAUUAAACUGGAAAGGUGCGGCAAAGGCCGCAGAACAGGCAGAUCUCAUCCUUUGUCUCGGCUCCAGUUUAAAGGUCCUGAAGAAGUACGCAUGCUUGUGGUGCAUGAAUAAAACAGCUGCUAAGAGAGCAAACCUAUACAUCGUCAAUCUUCAGUGGACACCAAAAGAUGACCUGGCCACUCUGAAAAUACAUGGGAAGUGCGAUGAUGUGAUGCGGCUCCUGAUGAAAGAGUUGGGAGUUGAAAUUCCAACCUACAACAGAUUUGAGGAUCCCAUCUUCAGCUCAGCCACAUCACUCAGACCGGAUGAAGAGGACAGUCACAGCCGUAAAACUUUAGUACCCCCUGCUGCCAUGGAGGUCUCUAAUUCCGAUUCAACGGUUCAAGCUGAUGAGGCAGGAGUACAGGGUGGGUGGUUUGGACGGGGUUAUUCCAAAGCAAGGAAGAAAAGAAAAACUACAUAGUGACAUGUAGUUUUGUGUGAUGGGACACAUUGUUUUUGCUUUAAAGAAACAUUCCACCUAUGAUACAUUCCAGCGGUCUUAAGAUUAUGAGACAAUUAGGUUACCUGGAUACAAAUUCCUCACUAAACAGUAUAGAUUUGCUCUCACCGGGAAAACGGUGGGGGUUUUCAUCACACAUUUUAUUCACCUCAUUUCAUGCAUACUUACAGGCUCGUGUUUGCAUGCAAGUGUGCAUUCAGGAAAUUAAUCACUUAUUCAGCCAAAACCACAGUAUAAAAUGACACGAUUACUGAUGUAAUGCGAUGUGGAAUGCUUUUUUAAAAUAUUAAUUGUUAGGUCUGUGCCAGUUUGUCAGUAUUCGCCAGUAUAUGCACCUUACUUUCUCAGGUAUUAAGCAAAACUUGAUGUGAUUUAAUAGAUGAUUUCUACAUAAUCAGUUUAUGAAUAGAGCAGUGGUCACUUGUAAGGGAGCUUUCACACUUUAUGGCAACCACUUUAAAUGGCUAUAAGGUGGACCAAUCUGAUCUAAAACUGGAUGAGGCAAGUGAAGAAGAACAGCAGUUAGAGAGUUACAGGAUGUCCAAAAGUCUUCAUACAUAGAGGAAAUUAUAACUUUUCUGUAAAACGUCUUCCUCUGUAAAGAACACAAAGUGUUGCAGAACUAUCUGAAACUAAAGCAUCCACUGAAAAAAUGUUUGGUGCUUGGCAAAUGUAGCUCCCAUGUACAGAGACUUUUGUGACACCCUGUUGUGCCAAUAUGUCAAAAUCACAAUCUAACUAAAAGGAACAAGCAGGGUUUUGUUAGACGGGUAUUUUUGACGUGACCUCUCACUUCAACUGCCGCAUACAGUUCAUACAAGCAGCUGAAAUUCCAAUGCUACAGCAGACAAACAACCUCCCCGACACCAAUCCAGUAUACUGAUCACUUUUUUAUUACCAAGCCUUAUUUUGUGUUACUGGUAGAUACAGAACAAGGCAUACCAGCCAGUUAGUGUUGUAAACUAGCUGGUAAAGGAGAGAUUUGUUAUAGUCACACAGGGGGAGAACAAACAGCUACUUCUUUUACUGUAGAGAAAAAAAACUCCUUUGCACCCUUGCAGCUGUCAGUGAGUUCAACUCUCAACACUGUGUAUGGCAGCAGAUGAACAUUAAUAGAAGUGAUUACAUUUCAUAACAUUCAUUGAAAUAUAAAUUGUACCUUGGGGCAUAAAUGACUAUUGUAAAUGCC